GAUAGGACUUCCAUCUACUCUUCACCUGUCUUCCUUCUGGGUUUGCUUGCUCCAGUCCUGUGAAUGUCUAAACUGUGAUGAUAUAACUCCCGUGCAUGCACAGUUUAUGGCUCGGAGCUCUGAAGGGACGGUACGGGUCUGCCAUCCCUUCAGAGCGCAGGUGAUGUCAGCAGAUGCAUGCAGUGUGAAAAUCUCCUGAACAUUACAAAUUUAGGAGAGAUUCACUGUAUUUACAUGCAAGCCUUAUUAUAGGCUUACCUGUAGGUACAAGUUCUAAAGUGGAGUUUACUCCCGCUUAAAUGGACGAGAGAAUAGGGUCUGCUUUAGUGAACCUAUUCCUUUAUAAAGAAGCACAAAUCUCAGCAAGUACUUUUCUUUAUUUCUUAUAUAGAAACAUGUUGAUCAUGAAGCAAACAUCACCACUCUCCUGCUUCCCUUGGUGUCCUGAACUAUAAAGGUAUACUUCAGGACAGAGGGUGUUAAAUAUCACAUAUGGUUAAACAGGUCAUAUUGGACUCUUAAACAAAGAAAGAGCUGUUCAUCUCUCCACGUGUCCACUAACAAAAUACACAUGCCCCAAAACACACAUGCUCUACACAUCCUCUGCUUAGGUCUUUCACUUUGCUGCUUCUCACUCUACUAUGCAAGCCUGUUAUAAUUCUAGAUCUGAUUUUACUUUUAUCUGUGCUUCCUUCCUAUUCUUUUUCCAACAUCCUAAUUCCCUACCCACAUCAGAUCUUUGUUUGUUUGAUCUCCCAUAUUUUCUCCACACUUCUCUCCCAGUAUGGGAUCUGAUCUGCGAUUCUCUGGGAGUGAGCAGUGAAUAUUAUUAGACACCAGUAUAACUAAAGCUUCCUUUAUAUACGAAGGAUGGGCUGGAGUGCAAUCAAUGGGUUCUUUGGCGUGGUCGUUUAUAUUUUUCUGCUUUUUCUUAGUAUGGAAGUGUGGAACUAUCCAAAGUCUCUAGAUCCAUCAAAGGUUGAUGGUGCAAUGUGUGGUGUCACUUUUCCCUCAAGGAGAACCAGAUGGAAGAGAUAUACCAUAAAUCCACUGGGAUACAAAUGGGAUCACUUAAAUCUGACAUAUAGGAUUGUCCAAUUCCCCAGCACACUAAACAAGGGUGACACAGAAAAGGCAAUGGAGGUUGCCUUCCGCAUGUGGAGCAAUGUGUCCCCACUUACAUUUCAGCAUAUACCUUCUGAUCAGGAGUCUGACCUUAGCAUUGGGUUUUUCGCCUUUAAUCACAGUAACUGUUGGAGCUCUCCAUUGCACCCUUGUUUUGAUGGUCCCAAUGGCGAACUGGCACAUGCUUUCCUGCCACCCAGAGGAGAAAUUCAUUUUGACAACCAUGAAUUCUGGGUACUUGGACCUUCUCGAUUCAGCUGGAAACAGGGUGUAUGGUACAAUGAUCUAGUCCAGGUGGCAGCCCAUGAAAUUGGCCAUGCUCUUGGAUUGUGGCACUCAAAUGAUAUUGAUGCCCUGAUGCAUCCUAAUGCUACGAGUACAAGGACACGUCACUUGGCACAGGAUGAUAUCCUGGCAAUUCAACAGCUAUAUGGCUGUGUGGCUGGAUCUACAUGUCGGCUGCCACAAGUUCAUAAAAAGUGUAGUAUGCAGAAACCAUGUCACCCAAACUGCCAUGGCUGUAAAGAAACACCUAAUCAAAGAACUGCAUCACACAAGGUCAAAGUGAAGAUGCUUUACAUUCCCAAGGGUGAAUCUGUUACCUUCAAUUGUACCGAUAACACACCCCAACCACGGCAGAAAAUCAGUUGGUUUAAAAACGGAUCGCGGCUCAUCUCACCCACUCCUGGAAUAACCAUGAAGUCUUCUGCUAGCCUUGUCUUGCAAGCCCAAGAAAAGACCAAAGGACGUUAUACAUGUGUAAUUCGCCAGGGAAGAAUGACCCUUGGGGGAAAGUCAUGGAAUCUUCGGGUUUUAUAAAACUUGCACAGAAAUGUGAUUUCUCUUUGCACUGUGACGUAAAUCCGCAAUAAAGUUGAGAUCCGGCAAACAGCUAAAUACACAGUUGAAACAUGUACAGGUAUAUAUUUGAUGCCAGGGCUCAUUUACAUGGGGACGCCUGUACUGCAUGAAUGAAUGCCUUGUUUAUGUGGCUAGAUCCAAAUGGAGAUGCAUGCAGGCAGCCCAUGUUUUUCUAUGGAGGCCAGCAGCUGUAUGGACACAGGCGCUUGUAAUGUAACAGGCAUGAAGGGGCAGGUGAGCGGCCCCAAAAGUAGACUGUGUGUGUUUGGGCAUGUGAAUGAGUGCUUAGAAUUUGUCAUUUUAUCUGUGGAUUUGUGUGAACCAUUCACCUUGCUGUUCAUGAAAAUAACACUACUUCCUGAUUAACGCUUCCUGUAUCUGCUCCCUCCUCAAUGCUUAUUCACUCUCCAAAGACAUGGCUGGAAGUGGGAGGUAACAUAGCAAGCUGCAUUUUUUUUACAAAGAAGAUGAAUUGCUGUCUGGCAGUGUAGCAUACAGGAAAUGUGUAUAAAUCACAAGACAGACUAUACAGAAUUACAAAUCUUUAGGCAGGUAAAGCAGUAGCAUGUACAGUAUGAGGGAGAUUUACAAAAACUGGUGCGCACAGAAUCUGGUGCAGCUGUGUAUAGUAAGCAAUCGUCUCACUUCAGCCUGUUCAAAUAAGCUUUCACAAACCUAGAAGCUGAUUGGUUACUAUGCACAGCUGCACCAGAUUCCGCGUCCACCAGUUUUAGUAAAUACACCCCUAUGUGUUUCAGUUGUGUAUAUUUAGUAGGUGUUUGUCUGGAGUUUCACGUUAAGCUAUGCAUACUUUUUAUUUAUCUCUGAGUAAAUAUUUUAUUGUGUAAGCAAUCUGAUUUGUUCCAUUAAACUGAUGCCCCUACA